AAGAACGCAGCCAUACUUCAGAAAGUGAAAUGUUUUGAUACAACCCGAAAAUUUUUCUUCAUAAAUUAAUUUUAGAAUUUGUUUGUGAAAUAAGUGUAAAAUUAUGUCCACAACUUCACCGUCAAUCCAGGAACCAAGCAUUGAUGGCCAUCCAAAUGAAGGAUCGUCAAAUAACAGUCAGCUGGCCGGGGAAGGCCCCCUCAAAAAAUCUUCGGCGGAGCCCGAGCACUCCGACGAUAGUAACGUCGAGAAAACGAAGAAUGCAGCUCCCGGUCGUAAAAGGGGACGGCCUCGAACGAAGCCGGAGAAGCCGCCUCCAUUGGAAAAGAAGAAAAUGGGCCGCCCGAAAGACGAAUCAUCAAAAAGCAGGUUUACGUGCGAUAUGUGUGGGAAGGUCUCCAAGAACAUACGAGACCUGAGGUUGCACCAGAAGGUUCACUUUGGUAUCAAGGACUUUGAGUGCGAGUACUGUCAUAUGCGCUUCGUGCAAAAGGGUGGACUUAAGAUACACGUGAGGACACACACCGGUGAGAAACCGUACAAGUGUCCGCACUGUCCGGUAGCUUUCGCGCAAAAGGUGUCGCUGGACAACCAUGUCUUCAAGCACACCCGGGCGGGAGUCAAAUGCCCGCUCUGUCCGUCGAUAUUGGCGAAUCCGGCGUAUGCUAAGCAGCAUGUUAGGCAGGUGCACACAGAGGAGAGGUCCAACGUGUGUCAGCUUUGCGGCAAAAGCUACAAAAAGCGAAGAGAUCUGAAUAAGCAUAUCGAAGGGCACGACAGACGUAUUUGCUCGGUUUGUGGAAAGGUGUUUGACACGAUGUACGCGUUGAAAAGCCAUAUGCACGUCCACGCUGGCAAUAGGUGUUCGUUUUGCAAUCGGUCGUUCAAAUCGGAAGAAGAGCUGCAGGCCCACAGUAAACUGCGAGGGAGAGCCUACCAAUGUGAGCUGUGUUGCUAUAGCUUCAAUAAGGCCGAAUUCCUGAGCAAUCAUCACCGACGGAAUCAUUGGAAGGUGCUUGGGCUGGAACAGUUAGUGUGGAACUUCCCGCCGCGGCCGAAGAAACCCAAGCCACCGAAGAAAGAGAAACCGGAUUUGUUCGCUGAAAAGGCUUCCAUGAUUGACGUCCCUACUCUUGAGGUGCUUCGACCAGCUCCAACGCAACCGGUACCGAAGGAAAUGCCCGUUGCAACUAUCACUUUGCCUGCCUCGACAUCGAACAAAAAUACAGAAUCUCUUCCAGUAGCAAUAGACAAAACUAUAAUUGAGGAGUCCAAAACAGAAAUCGCUGAACACCAUGAUCAGUCGGAUUCCGAUACUGACUAUCCAGAGGACGUCGACCUUCCGGCCAACGACGACGAUUCAGACGAUUCCAGUGAGAAGGAUAUUAAGCAUGAAGAUGAAAAAGUGGCCGAAAGCAUAGAUUCCAAACCAAUGGAAGUGGAAAUCAAGGUGGAAGUUGAGAUGGAACCAGUUUCGGUGGAAGUCUUGGUCAAAUUGGAGGAAGAUGAAACUGGGACGAUUCAGCUGGAUAACAAACUAACAAACGAGUUGGAAGUGAAAAAGGAAGACUCGUCCGACAGUGAAGAAGACGAUGUUCCGCUGGCGGCACUGAUAGUACCACCCCGCCGAAAGAAAAAGGUAGACGUCGAUCGAGCGAAAUCAUCGGACGAAAGUAGCGACGAAGACAAGCCCAUAAAGAAACGUCGCUCAAAGACGGAAGUACUUGUUUCAGAGACAGAAAGCACCAACAAAGUACGUGAUACACCCAAAAAGUUCGAAUGCAAAUACUGCCAUAAACACUUCUCGGCUAAAAGAGUCCUCAACGAUCAUCUCGCGAAGCACACCGGAGAAAAUCCCAAGAGACCCUUCAAGUGUGUGCACUGUUCGGAAAGUUUCCGAUAUAAAUGCCUGCUGAAGUACCACAUGGUCAAGCACACCAAGGAGGGCAUCAAGUGUGAUCUGUGUCCAAUGGUAUUUGCGAUCCCGGCCACCGCCAAGCAGCACAUGGAUAUUGUUCAUCUGAAGGAAAAGCGACACAAGUGCCAGGUGUGCGACGUAAGCUUCAAAUACAGGCGAAGUUUGAGGAAACAUCUGCUGAGGCACGAAGAUAAAACCUGCAAGAGAUGUGGAGAGGUCUGCAAGGGAUUGGCAAGCCUCAUAGAGCACAGGAAAACGGCACAUCCAGCAUCGAAGGAUAAACCGGUGCCAUUGGUCUGCGAGUUGUGCGGCAAAGUCAGUGCCUCGGCAUCGGCCCUAGCGGUGCACCGUGGCCAACACAAGGAGUAUCUACGGUACAAAUGUGACGAAUGCCCGAAAGCGUUCGUCUUCAAGGGACUGUUGGAGAAUCACAAGCGUGUGGAACAUCAGGGAGAGCGGCACAUUUGCUCCAUCUGCGGCAGGCAGUUCAAGUAUCUGGCAUAUCUGAAACGCCAUAGCUAUCAGCACAAGGAGGAGAAAUCGUUCAAAUGUGACAAAUGCCCGGCCGAGUUCCGACACCCGAGCACUUUGAGUUAUCACAACAAAGCCAAGCACAGUGCGGAGGUGUUUCCGUGUACUAUUUGCGGCAAGGAGUUCUCCACGGCCUACGGUCUGCGAGUGCACAAGCAAGUGCACAGUGAUGAGAAACGCUACCGCUGUGAGUUUUGCCCUCGGGAGUUCAUUCAACGGUUGACGCUGGUGAAACACUUGAAGAUCCACACAGCAGAUCGACAGCUCAAGUGCGUUGUUUGUGAUCAGAUCUACUACAAAAAGGUCGAAAUGACCAUCCAUCACGCGAAGGAACAUCCCAACCACCCUUUGAUCGGGAGAACCGUAAAGCUUCACACUUGUGACGUUUGCGGUAUGCAUUUCGUCAAGGAGGGCCUUCUGAGGCAACAUUCCGACAUCCACGGAACCGAGUUCAAGUUCAAGUGCGACAUGUGCGAAGAUAAGAAGUUCAAACAGAUGGCCGGCCUAAGGUAUCACUGGCACCAUUUCCACGGGAUUGAACCUCCCAAACGGAAUAUUGGCGCUAAAAAGGCGGAGAAGAAAGUCGAAAAGCCUGUUCCCGCUGCGACUUAUGGCGAAUCGAGAUCACCGCCUUUCGAUACCGACUUGGAGUUCAUGAUGCAAACUUCGGCAUGUGAGUUGACUGUUCCGAAAGCACAAUAGGCAUUUGAUUCGAUCAUCGAAAACAUUUCGAAUCUACUUCGCCUUGGUUGUACUAAGGCUAGAAAAACGUGUAGCAAAUGGCUGGAUGCAGAUGCAAUAAAGGUAAGUUUUUUUCCUUGAUACUUAAUACAAACAAGCG